AUAAAGAAAAAAAAGGUUCCCCAUUAAAAAGCAAAGCAAAAACACUAGACAGAAAAGAUUUUUCUGUGGAAACAGAAUCAGCUUCUUGGCGAUCCAAUUUACAAAAAAUCGUCGUUUUGGUUUUACGAUGGGGAGGGGAAAGUUCAAGGGCAAGCCUACCGGACAGCGUCACUUCUCCACUCCGGAGGAGAUGCUUGCUGGCACUUCCACACGUCCGCGUACAUUUAAAAGGGAAGAAGCUGAAUAUAAAGUGGAAAAUCCUGAAGUAGAGUCUGAAGAGGAGUCGGAAGAAGAAUCUGGGGAUGAACAGGAUCAAAAGCGGAAGGGAACUCAAGGUCUUAUUCAGAUUGAGAAUCCUAAUCUGGCGAAGCCAAAAAAUUUGAAAGCUAGAGAUAUUGAUAUUGGCAAAACAACUGAGCUUUCAAGGCGUGAAAGGGAGGAGUUAGAAAAACAAAGAGCUCAUGAGCGAUACAUGAGGCUGCAAGAACAAGGAAAGACAGAACAAGCAAGGAAAGAUUUAGAGCGCUUGACUCUCAUCCGUCAGCAACGGGCAGAAGCUGCUAAAAAGCGAGAAGAAGAAAAGGCUGCCAAAGAGCAGAAGAAGGCUGAAGCACGGAAAUGAUUUUCCUGGAAACUAUCAUGCUAAAUGAGCAGUGCCCUCCAUGAUAUUAGAGAACUUGGUAGUUGAUUUAUAAUAGUUAUCCUGGCCAGUAAUUGUACCAGCUAAAGAUCUCUUGGUUACUAUUUCACAAUUGGUUUUGUUUUUAUAUCAUCAAGAGCAAAUAGCUUUCUAGUGCUUUUCACUUUAUAGAAUCUUUAACUUCUCAAUUUGUAUACAAAUUUCUAUAUUACUUAUAUUGGAAUGUAUCGGAGGAGCAUUUAUAAUCAA